GGGCAUUCUGUCUUCGGCGGCCGGGAAAACCUAAGAAUACACAUGCGCAGUUGGACCCCUCCGGCCUUUCAUGCCUUCUCUCCGCCCACCGUCCCGCCCCGAUCUUGCGGGCGGGGUUGGGCCGAAAGUCCAGCUGCGGCUGGCUGGAGAGUCAGUGACUUCCUUGUUGUGAGCCCCGGCCUGGCAGUGUCCCGACUCGUAGACCCGCUGUUCUUAGCGGGACUGCUGGCCCAAGUCUAGUUCGGAGCUGCAACCCCACCCCACCCGUAACCUUCUCAGUACAGGUCCUUUCCCCGCACUCCUUGUGCUCCUAACAUGCCCAACCCCAGCAGCACCUCCUCUCCCUACCCCCUCCCUGAGGAAAUUAGGAACCUGUUGGCAGAUGUUGAAACAUUUGUAGCAGAUACACUGAGAGGGGAAAAUUUAUCCAAGAAAGCAAAGGAAAAGAGAGAAUCCCUUAUUAAGAAGAUAAAAGAUGUAAAGUCUAUCUAUCUUCAGGAAUUUCAAGACAAAGGUGAUGUGGAAGAUGGGGAGGAAUAUGAUGACCCUUUUGCUGGGUCUUCAGACACUGUUUCUUUAGCCUCAGAGCGAUAUGAUAAAGAUGAUGAAGCUCCCUCUGAUGGAGCACAGUUUCCUCCAAUUCCAGCACAGGACCUUCCUUUUGUUCUAAAGGCUGGCUACCUUGAAAAACGCAGAAAAGAUCACAGCUUUCUGGGAUUUGAAUGGCAGAAACGGUGGUGUGCUCUCAGCAAAACAGUGUUCUAUUAUUACGGGAGUGAUAAAGACAAACAACAGAAAGGUGAAUUUGCAAUAGAUGGCUACAAUGUCAGAAUGAAUAACACCCUUAGGAAGGAUGCAAAGAAAGAUUGCUGUUUUGAAAUCUCUGCUCCUGAUAAACGUGUCUAUCAGUUUACAGCAGCUUCUCCCAAAGAUGCUGAGGAAUGGGUGCAGCAGCUGAAAUUUGUAUUACAAGAUAUGGGAUCUGAUAUUAUUCCUGAGGAUGAUGAUGAGAGAGGAGAAUUAUAUGAUGAUGUUGAUCAUCCUCUGUCAGUGAGCAGUCCAUCAAUAAACAGUCAACCAAUAGAUGAUGAAAUUUAUGAAGAACUUCCAGAAGAGGAAGAGGAUGGUGCUCUGGUGAAAAUGGAAGAACAAAGGAAGAUGAAUCAGGACAGUGUUCAUCACACCUUAGGAGAUAAAAGCACUGAUUAUGCUAAUUUUUACCAGGGUUUGUGGGAUUGUACAGGACAUCUUUCUGAUGAGUUGUCAUUUAAGCGUGGUGAUGUGAUUUACAUUCUCAGCAAGGAAUACAAUAGAUAUGGCUGGUGGGUAGGAGAAAUGAAGGGAGCCAUUGGCUUGGUGCCUAAAGCCUACAUAAUGGAGAUGUAUGAUAUUUGAGAGUCCUGGCAGGGAAAAUCAACAUUUUGACUGAAGAAAAAAAAUUAACAUGCAACUUUCCCUUUCUGGCUGCAGAAAAGGAAGAUUCUUCUGCUUGUUUUCUGCUUGUUUGGAUUUAGAAGCAUUGUGAAAGCAUGAGUGACAACUCAUAACCUCUCUUUGUUUUGUUGACCAUCUCUUGUCUUUGUUAUUUUAUGCAGUCAUUCAUUAAAAUAUUCCUCUGAUGUGAAAUUAAAUGAAGGAUAUUAAUGUAAAUUAGAUGGAAGCAGUAAAGUUAUGCCUGUUGCUAUUUUGCAAAGACAUAAUUAUAGUUUUUAUUUACCCAUUUCAUUUAUGUGAAGAAUUCAUCACUAUUUUAUACAUGUAUAGUCUACUAUAUUAUAGUAGUCUACCAUUGCUAAUUCUGGUGUGAGUUGUAAUGUUUUGUAAUCAUUGGACAUCUAUUAUUUUUUAGAAUAUAAUAUAUAAUUUCAUAUUAUUUUAAAUUGAAUAUAUCAUACAGGUUUUUUGGUAGAUGAUAAAGAAUGUGUUUAUGUUAAAGCUUAUCUUAGUAUUAUUUUUCACACAAUAGUAACAUGGUUUUGUGAAAGAGGAUUUAGCGAUUGACAAAAUUACUUCCUGGUAAUUUAGCUGCAGAAGGAAGAAUGAUAGAAUUGCAAAUGCCAGUGUGCUGUCACCUGCAGUACACGUGCACACCAGAAGUAUGGUUUGUGCAAAGCACUUUACCAAUAACAAAUAUCCUAGUUCCAUGAUGGUGUGCCGACAUUUUCUUCCACAGUUUUGUUUAAAUUUAAUGAAAUAAAAAAAAUUUCAUAAUAAACCCCAUUUUACUACAAUUGAAUGGUAUAAAGAAUCUCAAUGUAUUCUCAAAGCAAGAAGGCAUAACCAAGCACUCCCUUAUCCUGCCUUGUGAUUGCUGUGCUAUUGAAGUUCCACCGCAAAAUAGCAGAUCUGAGUCUCCUCUAUGCUUCUCAGAGCACUGAAAAAAAAAAACUUCAAGAGAGGAGAAUGUAGAAAUCAUGGUGGUAAAGUGUACCAACAGGUGAGUGGAAGAGUAGUGUUAGCUUGACAUUUGAGUUAUGCUCUGUGCUGCCUGGCCAAGAUUUGCAGAAUCAUGUCAUUACUUUUUCAUGUAUAGUUGAAAUCAGAGGUAUUUUAAAUGCCUCAGGAGGUGCCAAUAUGGCCUUAAUAUAUACGUCAAAAUGCCUUGCUGAUUGACUAAUUAUUUGGAAUAGACAUAAUAUUGAAUCAAUACUUAACAGGUACUAUCUUUGUUGAACUUUUCAGAUCUUUGCUUUAUAAAGAUCCUAACCUACCAAAUGAGCUGGUAAUAUUUAAAAACCUCAGUUAUUUAUGUGAAACUAUUUGCUAGCAAUAUUUCAGAGUAUCUCUUUUACCAUUAUCCCCUCAAUACCAUGAUUAUCCAGUCGCAAAUGUAAAAAAAAAUCUUAAGUUUAGGAAUUGUAAGUAAACUUAAGUUUAUAUAUACAUAUAUAGAGAGAGGGAGAGAGAGAGAGAGAAUUGUGCAGUUAAAGUUUUCAAAAAAUACAUUUGUGCAAUUGUUAACCAUUUCCUAAGACAGUGCCAUUGAAAUAGAUUGAAAUCAUCUUGGCAAAAGUUAAACAACCAGAGAUGAGCUUAGUGGGGUGGUUUUCAAAGUCUGAGGGGUUGAAAAGCAAAAGCAGUUGUUUCCAAUGAUGAUGUAGCCUUGCUCCUGGAUUUGGGUUUUCAGUGCUUUGGGCUUAAGAGAAGUUUUUAGAACUAGACCAGUAGAUGGCAGCAGCUUUUCAUUGCAUACAAAACCACUUAGAAACCCCUCCCCCACUCGGGCAGAAACUCACCCAGAAUGCAAAGCAUUUAGAAGAUUUCUGCCUCCUUUUACAGUUAAUCCAGGAGAGGGAGUCCUUUGCCAACUGAUGACCAACAAUUCCAAGCCAGAUAGUCUCUCUGUGAAUGGUGACAAUACAGAAAUAAGGUAUUACUUCUGUCCAGAGCUCCUCUGGCCUUUGUUCUUUUUAAACUUGAAUAUGGGUAGGAGAUAUAAGAAAGGAAACAAAGGACUUAAAAUUGGAAUGACAGGAAAAAUAAUCAUUAUUUUAGAUUCAUGACUACUUUCUAUUCAUUUGAUGAAAUCAUUUAUAUACAACCAGGGAGAAAGUUUUCUUUACACUCUUGACAAUAUAUCACAUACUCUUCAAGAUCAUAAUAAUAUCAUUAAUGUGAAUUUAAACAACAUGGCUUGUUAGAAAAUAUGCUAAUUGCUAUGUUCUCAUUAUGUUUGCUUAGCUUUUAUUUGUUUUUCUAUGAACAGUUAGAGAGCUAAUUUUUUUCAAAGGUGAUUGUAAGUCAUAUUUUAUAUAGCAUUUUGCUUGAUUAUUUGCUCCGUACUGAAUUUGUACUCUAUUGCCAUUAGAUCUUACAAUAAUGUUCCACUCUGCAAAUUUUUAAGGUUCAAAUAAAGUUUAAUUGUUUGCAAA